AUUUAUAUGAGCAAUAUCCCACAAUCAUAACAUCCACAACAAGCACAACAACCACCAUAAGCACCACAACCCUAUUAUGGAUAACCCAGCUAUGCUUAACCAUAUGGUGCUCCUCUUUCACCAUUGAGAUAUUCCUAUGCUCCCCCUGUCGUCCAAUAGGUCGUCCCAUAAACCUAUGUACCUCAAUAAGUGGUCCCAUAACAAUAUGUACCUCAACCAGUCGUCGCUCAACCAGUUGUUGCCUAACCAGUUGUUGCUCAAUCUGUUGUUGCAUAACCAACAAUCAAAGGUGAGAGCAGAAUCGAAUAUGUUCCAUAUGAGAAAACUGUGGUUGAAUAUGAAGAAGUGAGAUAAAGAAUCUAAGUGCCAAGAGAAAAAUAUGUUACUGAUUAUUACGCAGUUGAAUACCAAACAGAAUAUGUACCAUAAGUCUUCUAAGAAAAAUUUACAGGUAUGACAUUUUAAAAAUUUAAAUUUACAGAAUAUGUUCCUGUAGAUAGAUACCAAGAAAGAGUUGAGUAUUAUCCAGUUGAGAGAUAAGUUGUUCAUCAACAAUAAGUCUAAUAAGUUGUUGCCCAACCAGUCUAAUAAGUUGUCACUCAAUCAGUCGUUCAACCAGUCUAAUAUGCUCCAUAACCAGUCUAAUAUGCUCCACAACCAGUCCAAUAUGUCCAACAACCAGUCCAAUAUGCUCCAUAACCAGUCCAAUAUGCCCCAGCUCCACUUUAACAAACAACCUAUGUUCCUGCUCCAGUUGCCAGUCUACCAUUAGCCUAGACCUAAUUACCAACCAGAACAGUCCCUUAAGCUAGACCCCAAUAACCAUUAGACAGAACCCAAGUAUGACAUUAUUUAAAAAAAAAAGGCUUAAAAUCCAAGACCAAACCCAUAAGCAGCCCAAUAACCACAAUAGAAAUAAAAGAGCUUUUUGGACAGACUCUUUGAUAGAGAUUGAUUAUCAUAAUCGUUUAUAUAACAUAUAAGCCAUAU